GUACGAGACAUAUCGCGUAUACGGUACUUGAUCAGCGGCAGCGCAGCGAUCAUUGUAAACUGAUUCUGGUGUAAUCAUCUUGUGGUAUUGGAAACGGAACUGGAACAAGGAAAACCUCUUUGAAAAACUUUUGUUAAAAGCAACCAGCAUGAUAUCUUCAAAAUGGUUCUCUACGGGAAAUGGAUUGGUACCAUCGUGGAUCACAACGCUCUAAAAUACAUCUGCUUUAAUCACAUGAUCACAACCUACAUCCUCACCAGCACUGUCAUGUUUCUCAUGACCUUCCUAAACUUUUCAUCACCACGCCUAGCAACAGUUGCCAUGUCCGCCCUCAUGUCUCUCUUCAUUGUCACGCUGUCCAUCAAGUUUGCUUACCAGAUGACACAUAGUUUUAAAACCCAUUUUGAAUUUCACGGAUAGAUUGGGUGACGGUUACUCUGACAUAUCAUCUGGCUUGUAAAUUUAAAAAGUCACCAGUUGUCUCGUCCAAGAAGGAUACUGCAAGUCAAUAGGGGAAGAACUUGACAUUAAUGUAUUGAAUAGAUACUAGUAUUUACAAGGUAAACGCGUUCCAAGUACCUUCACAUCACUUAAUUAUGAUCUCUGUGAACUGGCAAAUGACAGAGACCGUCAUUGACAACGUUGGAGUCAAGUGUAUCUUCUUCAAUUACGCCAUCUCACCUUGCCUCAUCUCCAUAUUUGUCCUUUUUCUAAUGUCCGUCAUCCGCUCCACUCACCGCCUCCCAGUGGGUGCUCUAUUGUCUCUCCUAACACUUUUUCUUGUCAGCUUGGCUAUAGAGUGCGCUCAUCAGAUUGUACUUUGGAGAUUCUUGAGCCAUGAUUCUCAGUCAUUGACACAAAGGCAGCACUUUGCUUAUAGUUUUUUUGGAAGCCCUUUGACAUAGUCUUCAAUCAGUUUUGGACAUGUUCCUUUGAGCUUCAGACUUGUGAUCACUUGAUCAAUCUAUGAAUUAUAGUUUCAGCCAAGAAUAUAAAUGUACAUGAGCUGGUGGCCAAUCCGUCUUUAAACGUACCCUAUUCCGUUGUGAGUGAAUCAAGGUGCUUUCACUGAAGCUGUGAUCUUUCUGUAGUGAUCUGUUAGUGGUAUCACACCUAUCAUUAUAUAGUAACUCAAAGAAAGUGGAGAACACGUAACAUAUUAGCGGUAGUGGUAUACCAACUGGCAGGGAGAACUGUCAUUUCACUCCAAGAGUACUCUUCAAGAUGGGUGAUUACUACAAUGAAAACCAGCGGUCCAACUUUCUGGACUUUGAGAAGGUCAGGGAUGAGACGAAGAGCGUGGUGAUGGAGGGGACCAAGGAGUGUCCUGCCCAUGCUAUCAUCCUGUGCGCCUGGAACAACAUCCUUGGACCGCAUCUUCAGCAUAUAUGGCAGACUGAGGGUAAACCUGAAAUGAGCCAUGAGAUGAUUCACUAUCUCACCACCCACACUCUCACAUCCAGUGAUCAACCUCAGUCUGCCAUAGAAACUAAGACACUCCUCCUCAGAGACAAGGGAUUGGUGAUUUCAACAUUCCUAUUCAGUGGAUGUGACCGCCAAGAGAAGACGGUAUUUGCCCUUUCCCUCAUUGUCCCGUACGGUCUCAAGUCCUGGUACCUGCCUCUGGAAGACUUCUGUGCUGCCCGUCUGACAGCAAUGAUCAGCAAACUCAGGGUGCUCCAGGACAAACAGAAGUUUGAGGUUGAUCCAAUUCAGAUUCUUGAUGCUGAGAUUCCCAGUCUUUACUGUGCCUUGGGUCUUCUCUUCAUGGCCCCUAUGCCUACACAAGUCAAUCUAAAUGAUACAAUUUUUGCAGCAGGCCAAGGAAAGCAGCUAGAUGUACAGUUCACAAGAAAGGCCAUAGCAUCACACCUUCAGACCUGUGGAUGUUCAGUAGUCAUAGGGAACAGUAAAGAAGAAGUCAACAUGAUGCUGAGUACAUUAAGUAUGUUCCUUACCCCCGAUGAGAGGAAAUGUUCAGUGUAUCUGAAAGAUGAGAAGCAGAUUGAAUACCAGAGAGAUCUACUCCUACAAGGAUUCAUCAAGGAUAAAAUCAAUCUCUCAGACUAUGGACGUGAUAUUAUGGCAAGCCGCUAUCCAACAACUCUUGUUGACAUGAGUGCUUUGGAAGUCAAGCAAACGCUACCAUACAAUGAACAUGACUAUUGGAGACAUGAAGCCCUGAUUUGGGAGCUACAAUCACUAUGGUUGGACAGCCAAGAAACAUUGCCAGUGUUAAAGUUUUCAAGCCUUGAACCAGAAACUCUGAUUACAAGUUUCUUAAAAGAGAUAUUCUUACUAUACCCACAGUGUGGGAUCAGAGAAGCUUACAUAGAUCAGUUCCAAAGGAUACUGGAUAGGAGGGCCAUUGCCUUGAUCAAAUAUGUGGAAUGUGAAACAGAUCGAGGUACCCAUCCCAGCAAGGUCACACUCAGGAAGCUAAAACAUGACCUCGACCUCAACCCAGAAGGCAAUUUCCGUAUCGUCCUCUCACGAGCGGAAAAGCUCCGUCCAGGAAUGAGCGCCCUCAUAUGUGGGCAUCCGGGCGCAAUCACGAAGGAUGGCGACUCCUUACAGAUUGACUAAGGUCUCAGAGCAUCUGGCCACGAUUACAGAGGAUGAUGGUUCCUUAAGAUUGACUAAAGUCGCAUAGCAUCCGGGUGCAAUGUCAAUGGAUGGUAACUCCUUACAGAUGGACUAUAAAGGUCUCCUAGAAUCCGGCUGUGAUCACAAAGGAUGGCAACUCCUUACAAAUCGACUAAGGUGUCCUAGCAUCUGGCUGUGAUCACAAAGAAUGGCAACUCCAUAUACCAUGGUCACAUUUGUUCUACGGCGGCCGUACGGCGAGUCAAAAACAGCCUUUUUAACAUUUUUGU